ACAUCCCGUUGAUCAUGGAAGAGUCAGCAGGUUCAACAUCUCAACGGCUAAUGUUUGGGAUGGAGCAGUCAGAGGUUUCAAGUGUACAACAUACUCUGAAACCUGUGACAUGCUGGUCAAAUUUACUGAUGAUGCUGGUGUUUUGGAAGAAGGAAUUGACACAGGUGGACCAAGGCGAGAGUUUUUAACUCUGCUAAUGAAACAUCUGAAAGACCGGCCCAUUUUUGAUGGACCAGAAGGACAUCGGUUCUUGGUCUACAAUGCAAAUGAUUGAGAAUGCUGCUUCAGUUGAUGCUCUGUGAGAAUGUACCAUGAGACACAGCACAAUGUUACAGACAGCAGGUUGUCUGAGACAUGUGGCUACUGUUGAAGCAAAGAAAGACAUUGUGUCUGACUCCCUCCACUGGUAUAUUAUUGACCGCAACUCAUCUGUAAUUGACAGAUUCAAAGAUGGUCUUUCAGCCCUUCAGUUUUUCACUGCACUACAGCUACACCCUGCUUUGCUGUCCCCUGUCCUGACCCACUCGGAAAAGGGGCUAACUGCUCUUCAGCUUGAGAGACUGUUCAAACCUGACCUCAGUCCACCAGGGAGUAACAGGACAUGUAAAGAAAGUGAAACUUUGGGCUACUGGGCGGACUAUCUCCUUGACUGUGAAGAAGGUCAGGCUGCUGUGUCUGUGGAAGAUGUUUUCAUGUUUGCAACUGGACUGACUUCACUUCCCCCAUCUGGAUUGGAACCAUCACCAAAAAUCGAGUUCCUGGAUGACUCUCCAUUCCCAAUGGCAAAUACAUGUUCAAACACAUUGAAAUUACCACUCCUAGACACUUACACUGUGUGGACUUUGGACUUAAAAAUUCCCCAGGAUUUGGAUGUUUUUAAGCUACAAGUCCCCUAGGGACUCUGAAAAGGUUGUUAUUAAAGGUUGUUAAGAAUCUUUAUAAUGUAAAGAUAUGUGAGCAUGUUUUUUCUCACAGUUAACAUAAUGGCCAUUAUAUUUUAGACAAAAUAAACAAAGAAGGCCAACAAGUUUUAGUUUUUGUACUUGCAAAAAUUGAAUAAAUAUGCAUUACUUUGCUAGUA